AACACCAUGUUGUGUGCAGAUAGAGGUGGCAUAUUUAGUAGCAUUAAUAAGGUUGACUGUGAAUUUAUUUCAGCCUCAAAAAUAAUUGUGUAUUGAAGCACGUUCACACUAUUAUAAUCAAAUCCUGGAGUGAAAUUGAUAGUGAUCAUAUAACUGUGUCAUAAGUGAGUUUAUAAUACUAAUCACAAAAUGGCGGCAGGUUCAGUUUAUAAAAGUUCAGACUUAGUGAUGGACUAUUGUUGCGAUGCAUGCAAAGAGAAACAUAUUGAAGAAAGUGCCGAGUCCUUCUGUAAAACAUGUACGAAGCUAUUUUGUGGCAAAUGUAUUAACCUGCAUAGCCAGUUAUAUGAAAAACAUGUCUCAUUUGGGAGAGGAGAUAUGAACAAAUGGCCUAUCAGUAAGAAAAUAGAGGAUUUCCUACAGACUUGUGAGAUCCAUGAAGAUGAGAAGCUGAAAAUGUUUUGUCAAGACCACAGUCAACUCUGCUGCACUAAUUGUGUACUACUAGGUCACAGGCAAUGCAAAAUGGUGAUGCUUUUAACUGACUUGGUUAAAAAUACCUCUACAGACCUCAAACAAGUAUUAGUUACUAUUCAAACUACUUUGGCAGAACUGAGGAAGCUUCAAGACAAUCAGGAGGCUAGCAUUCAGUCUGUGCAAAGUACAUAUGAUGAGCAGUUACACAAGAUACAGGAAACUCGGCAAAAAAUACUUGCAGCCUUAAACAUGCUUGAAGAGAAAACUCUGCAGGAAAUGAAAUAUACACUGACCAAACUGCAAGCCUCCCUUAAAAGUGAUGUUGACAAAUGUUCCACUCUUGAAAAUGAAUUAAAACAACUUAGAGACGCUAUUCAGGACAUAAGCGAUAAAAGCAAGCAAGAACUAUCUUUUAUAGCCAGCAUUAAAUGCAAAGACAAAAUACAGCAGUUUGAAAACUAUCAGAAGAAGAACUCUGCUCAACUAAAAUUUUCAAUAACUUUCCAGCCUAAUAGUGAAAUAAUGCAGUACCUUUCCCAGUUGUCCGGUCUUGGGAAGAUUGAACACAAUGCCCAGUCAUUGACUGCAGUGGGAAAUGCAGACCAAGUAAUGAGGAUUGAUGGGAAGUCUGAGUUUGAUGUACGCGUACAGGGUGAUGAAGCUUGCUGUAUUGAAGACAUAUGUGUUCUCCCUAGUGGGCAAGUCCUUGUUGUAUACAGCGAUAAUAACAAAGUCAUGCUGUUAAACAAGCAGUACCAGGUUGUGAGUCACUGUAGUGUAUCUGAUGGGCCUUGGGUCAUAUGUCAGAUCACACCCAGUGAGGUUGGUGUUACUGUCGGUAAACAGGUCCAGUUUAUCAAAGUCAACAACAACCAGCUGGUGAAAGACAGAAAGCUCAAGUUUCAACAUGACUGUUAUGGUAUUGCCUCCCACCGGGGUGACCUGUUUGUAACCUCUGGUACUGAACUAUACAACUACUCGCUGGAUGGUAAACUAGUCAGCAAACUUCACGAGAAUAAGUCAGAUACAUGGACAGUCUAUAGUUGUGCAGUGAGCCAGACAGGUGACAAGUUGUAUAUCACGAACUACAAUCAGAACAAGCUCCUCACUCUGGCCAGGGAUGGAUCAGUCCUUUCCAUCUUCACAGACCCUGAAUUGCCAUGUCCAAGAGGUGUACAUGUGACACCUGCAGGCCAGGUGCUGGUAUGUGGAAUGGGGUCCAUUACUCUCCUACAGAUUGACAGUAAGGGCAGUAGGAAGCUGGCCACUCUGGCUACAGAGAAGUAUUGCCUAUGGUCGGUCUGCUACAACAGCAACACUGACUCUGUUAUUGUGGGAAUGAAAAACAACAAGAUCCUGGUGUACAAAGUGAAAUAGCUUAUCAUUCUUGUUUCUGAUGUGUAAUGAUAAGUGAUAUAAAUUACUAUUAAGUGAUAUAAAUUACUAUAGCUGUUAGUCAUUAAGUGCUAUGUUAAACAUAUAUAUAUUUUAUGUGUAGUAAUAAGUCGAAAUAAAUGACAAUAGCUGUUUGGGUAAUAGUGUUAUGUUACAAUUCAAGAAUGAAUUUAAAGUGUACAUACUUAUUUUUUUCUUUAAAUAAUGUAUUAUGCAUGCUAUGUUUAGAAUGUGAUGUAUUAGAUUUGUAACAAUGUGUUGAUUUGUUCAUUUUUUGCUCUUUAAGUGGCUCUGAUAUAUUUAAGUCACGGGCAUACUUAUGGAUCAAUAAUACUAGCGGAUAUUUUGUCAUUAAUAGAUAGUUUUCACAUUAACCCUUACAGUGCGGGAACCGAGUUGUGAAGGCCUUUGCAAACAGUUUGGAUCCAGAUGAGACGCCACAGAACGUGGCGUCUCAUCUGGAUCCAAACUGUUUGCUAUUCUGAUAGUAUUCUUUGAAAAAAAAAUCGAAGAAAAUGCUAAUUUUAGAAAUUCAGCAGACGACAUUUUAGCAGACGACAAAUUACCCAGCAUGCAAAGGGUUAAAACGACUUUGAAAUGCGUUGAUUUGUUUUACAGCUUGUAUGAUUGUUUUCCAUCAUUUUGCGCUUUGCUUUGCUAAUCAUAAUUGUGUACCAAACCCCGAGUUGGUAGAGAAAAACAAGUUACUCUCUGUUUGUUUUGUAUGAUAUCAGGCGAGGCUUAGAAUAAAAUAAUGGUGAAGCUUGCCAAACCUUAAGUUUAUUCUAACCAAGCCUGAUAUCUUACAAUACGAUCAGGCAGUUAUCUGUUCAUCAUAACUUCGUCUCCAUUUUGAAAGAGAUAAUGACAUUAUCGCUGAAAUGCUGCAUUUUUAGCGGGAAUGAAUAUGAUUUUGAUGUUUGACUACUUAAUAAUGACAUCAUGAGCACUUGCGCUUAAUACUUGUAAAAUAUGUGUUUUGCUGUGUUUGUAAAAAAAAUUGUCAAAAAUAUAUGACAUCCUUGUAUCAAAUUGUUGGUUUUGUUAAAUCUGAUUAUAUUGUACCAAAAAUUGAUAAUCUAAGUGUUGAUUCCAAGUAAUAUUACCAAACAUUGGCUGAUAUAACAAUUUCCUGUUUAAGUUAUAUAAAACAAUAUAUCCGGUAGCGUUUUAUCAGUAGUGCGUAAUAAAUAGUAAAAAAGAAUCAGUAAUGGCCAAAAGGGGGAUGAUGUAUUCAAUUCAAUGUGAAAUCAUAAUGCCAAAUAUAAAUCUGCGAGCAGUCACUCCAGACUUGAACCAGUUAUUUUGAAACUAUUUCUAAUCCGGGGCAGCAAAGCGAGACAUGGUAUUACAGUAAUUUCCUCAAUCUUUUCGUAACACUUUUGAGUCUGCAACACUUUUGUGUCCGUGAUGUUGUUCUUAUACCUUUUCAUGUUCAAGAAACUUGCAUCAAUUGUUAAAGUCAUGAAGAAAACAAAAGGGAUAAGUCAGUCAAGCAAGGUAAAGUUCAAAGUCUCACUUCAAGGUCAAAAGCCUGUCUAUGUUUGUGUCCGAUUGAGUUCUCCUAUACUGCAGGGCUUUUUUACUUUUGUGAAAAUAGCCCUUUUCCAUAAUUUUGGGAAAUUCACAACUCAAAUUUUCACAAUUUCAAGAAGUUCACAACUCAAACGUUCACUAUUUUAAGCAGUUUGUGAAUCUAAUUUUCACAUGUUUAGAAAGUUUGCGACUCAUUUUUUCACUAUUUUGAAAAGUUUGCCACUCAUUUUUUUCACAAUGGUGGGAUGGGGAAGGAGGGGGGGG